AGUCGAGCUGGUCGGGGUUUGACUGUUCGUUUGGUCCGGGCCUUGUCCAGUACACAAACAGAUUGCACCGUUGUUUUCAUCUCGAGGAUCCCUCGCGGUCGCGUCGGUUAAUCCGUCCCGAAAAACGUAUCGAUCCGCGAAUCGAGCGGACACUUUCUCCAGCGUUCGCUGGACCCGUCAAAUGGAAGUUGGACGCUGUUUGUGAAACCGCGGAUUCUCGUGGACCCCGACGACCAUGCACGGAAAGAGGGAGAAAAAAAGCAUCGAGUCGAAGAAUAUGUGAUCGCUCGUCUCGGAAUCUGUGAAGAGCCGUCAGGCUGCAUCGAGAUGGACCAGUGGCCUGUUCGUCUAGCGAUCUUGGGGAUGCUGGUUGCGGGUCUGCACGCUACCGACGACUUUCGACGCAUCUCCUACGAAGAUUUGGCGGACACUAGCCUGUUCCAACAAGAGGGCGUCACGACGUACUCCCAGUUGCUGUUCGACGUCGCCAGACAACAGGUCGUCGUCGGUGCACGGGACAAUCUGUACCGGUUGACGCUGACGUCGUUGACGGCGCUCGAGCACGCUGGCUGGCCCGCGCCGGAGGACAAGACGAACACGUGCCAGAACAAGGGACAGAGCGUGGAGGACUGUCGCAACUACGUGAAGGUGCUCCUGAGCAAUGGAAAGAGCCUGUUCACCUGCGGCACCUACGCCUUUAGCCCUUGGUGCACCUGGAGAAAGAUCGAGAAGAUCAGCAAGGUUACCAGCGAGAUGUCGGGCGUCGCGAUGUGCCCGUACUCGCCGCACGCCAACGUCACCGCGCUGUUGGCCAGAGGGCCGACCGGAGGCCUCUUUACCGGCGCGCUGACCGAUUUCUCCGGGGCGGAUCCCGCGAUCUGCAGGACGCUCGCCACGCCAAACCUGCGCACGCAUCAAUACGACUCCAGGUGGCUGAACGACCCGCAGUUCGUCGGGAGCUUCGAAACCGAGGACCACGUUUACUUCCUGUUUCGCGAAUCCGCCGUCGAGUACAUCAACUGCGGCAAGAAAAUUUACUCGAGGAUAGCGAGGGUGUGCAAGAACGAUCGCGGCGGACGGAUCAUGAUGAAGGAGGUUUGGACGACUUUCAGCAAGGCACGGCUGAAUUGCUCUUUGCCCGGCGAGUUUCCCUUCUACUACGACGAGAUUCAAGGCGCGGUCUAUCAUCCGGAGGAGGGCAUCGUUUACGCGACCUUUACCACUCCCGUCAACGGUAUUGCCGGCUCGGCGAUUUGCGCGUUCAACAUGUCGGCGAUCACCGCCAGCUUCAACGGGCCUUUCAAGCACCAGGAGAACUCUGGCGCCGCCUGGGAAAGGAAAGUCGUGUCUCACCAGGACAGACAACGGUGCGAAUCUUCGUCGAACGUCGCCCCUCAUCAGAUCAUGGACAACCAGAGGUAUCAGUUGAUGGACGACGCCGUUCAAAGCACGAUGCUCGAGCCCCUUCAUACCGCCAUACUGGAGAGAUUCACGCUCAUCGCGCUCGACGUCACUCCGACCAAACUGCACCGCGGCGUCACGGUGCUCUACGUCGCCACCGACGCUGGCAUGAUCAAGAAGAUCUCGGUACUGCCUAGAAAUCAGGAGACCUGCAUCGUCGAGGUCUGGGGCCCCAUGCCCUCAAUGCCUCUCACGUUGCAGUUCUUGAAGGACACGCAGAGUCUCUACGUCGGCAUGGAGGUCGGAUUGGCCAGGGUACCGACAGCCCAGUGCCAUCGACACCGAAGUCGCCAGGCCUGUCUGAACGCCCAGGAACCGUACUGCGGUUGGAACGAGCACCUGAUGAAGUGCGCCCCGAUCCCGAAGCAGAACCAUCUGGGGAACCACUGGCACCAGGAGGUCACCAAGUGUCCGGUGCUCACGGACCCCGUAGAUGGCGGUUGGAGCGCCUGGAGUUCUUGGUCGGUGUGCCAACAUGGCGCCGCGGAGCACGGUCAUGCCCAUUCCUACUCCCACGCUCACGGUCACUCUCAUUCCGAACAUUCUGAGACGACGACGGACAGUUGCCAGUGUCAAACGCGCGAGUGCAACAACCCACCGCCGCAGCAUGGCGGUGAGAAUUGCUCGGGGGCGAAAGUCAGGGUGACCAAUUGCACGGUGCACGGGGGAUGGACGGCCUGGUCGGCUUGGUCCGCCUGCUCGCAGACUUGCGGCUUCGCCAUGAAGACCCGACGACGCUCGUGCACGAACCCUGCACCAGCAUUCGGAGGGCGAGUCUGCGUGGGCCACGAUCACGACGAUAUCGUUUGCAUAGACCUACCGCCUUGCCCUACGCCCGCGAAGAUCGCGCCUCCUCCGCAAACCGGACAGUGGUCCUCCUGGAGCAACUGGAACUCUUGCUCUCGGCCCUGCAACGGCGGUAUACGAAUACGGAAGAGAACGUGCGAGAGCCAGACCCAGCGGAAAUCCGGCACCGUCGAGUGCAACGGUUGCGACUUUCAGGUCGAGGAGUGCAAUACCCAUCAGUGCGUCGAGACGAAGAGAUACUCGGGAUGGACACCGUGGCUGGCGACUAAUACCACUACUCAACAGAGUGGGAACGUCGGUUACGUCGGAUACGUCGAGAAGCGGUUUCGAUUCAGCUGCCGGGCCCAGACGGACGAUCCGUCGAGCGUCAGGGUGCAGCUGGCCAAAGAGGAGAAACGUUACUGCAGAAACGACGGCUCCUGUUUGAGGGGGAACGCGAAUCAAAAUGGGUACGGGGACGUGGCUGGCGAGAGCGACUGGAGCGAGUGGUCCUCCUGGCGGGCGUGCGAUCGCCCUUGCGGAGGAGGCUCGCAACUCAGGGUCAGACAGUGCGAGUCGCCGCCGUGCGAAGGCAGCGUGACGCUUCAGACCAAGGUGUGCAACACGCAUCCGUGCAGGUCGAACUCGGUGGUUGGAACGAAUGGAGGAACGGGCGCGGAGGGUCAGUGGUCCUGUUGGACCGACUGGUCCGAGUGCUCUGCCUCCUGUGGCGUCGGUGUGCGCACCAGAAAGAGGGAAUGCUUGACCGUGGAGACCUGCGAGGGUCCUCGACUGGUCAGAGAGACCUGCGAGAUGCCUAGCUGCGAGUCGCUACUCGGCUGGGACUCCUGGUCACGGUGGACGCCUUGCGACGCCGACUAUCAACAGCAUCGAAAGAGACAGUGCCUUCGUCACGGCAACGGAAUGUGUCAGGGCUCCAACAGGGAAUCGCGCGACUGUUUGCCCGAUUGCACGGACAACGACGUGAACGUCAUGCAAUCGAGUAUGGAACGCUCUGGAGUCACGAUCGGGGCGGUGGUUGGCAGCUGCAUGGUCGGAUUCCUCGUUGGGCUGGCACUCAUGGCGGUCAUGAGCUUCUGCUACAUGAAACGGCGACAACAGCGAGCACCCGGAAGCCCUCACUACGUCAGCAAGCAGAACCCUUACGUUACGGUUCCGUUAAAAGAGGUUAACGCUAAGCGACAGCCCAGCUUCUCCGGCAGCACGAACGGCAACGGGACGCUCCGGGCGAAGAACAACCCCAACGUGAACGGACUCGGUAGUCCGAAACUGUAUCCGAAGAGCCUCGAUUGCGAGUCCGCCACGUUGAAGCGCAACAGUCACGGUCAGCAACACAUUCGAGUCGACCUGGACCAAGACAAAUACUAUUGAACGGG